AUGAGCGGUCAAGCAGCCAGCUAUUACAACACCGACCAGCGCUUUGACGGCCCUCCGUCUCAGCAGCAGCAGCAGCAGCAGCAGCAGUAUUACAACAAUGGCUACCCUCCUGCCCCCAACGGAGGAGACUACCGCGGCCCGGAGCCCAAACCACCUCAGCCACCACAAGAACCACCCCCAACCUACAACCAAGCCGUCUACGGCUUCGACGACGCCUUCAAGGUCGAGAAACCGAAAUGGAACGACCUGUGGGCUGGUCUUCUG